GGCACGGUGCUUUCUGUGUGCGUACGCCUCGCCGUGGACGUUUCUGCCACGCGACUGUCGACGAGUGCAAUUCGAUGCAACCGAUUCUCGAGUCACCGAAUAACCUUUGUGCCCGUGGAGUGCAAGCACAUUUUUUUUCGUGUACGCUCAUUCGAUUGUCCCGCGAUUUUCCCAAUUUUGAAUUCCCGGUUUUGUGGAGGGCGGUUUCCUUGCUGCGCUUCACACGUUCGGCGCAUUCAGGGUUGACUUUUUCGGUGCGUCGCCGGUUCACGUGUUCGACAUAACCUUAAUCCGCACCGUCGAGUCCUCUAACUUGAUCCGUCCUACUAGUCUACCCGUCGGAAGGAUGUCGCAGCGAAUGGUCUGGUGAUGGCUGAGAGCAGAAGAGGAUGUCACGCCGCAAGCAGAGUAACCCGAAACCGCUGAAACGGGAGGAUGAGGAAUGGAGCGACUCGGAGAAGACGCCCUCGGUGAGCAGCGGGGUGGAGGGCGGGGGAUCCGCGGUCUCGAGCCCCGCCGCCCCCGCCGCCGAGGAGGAGCCGAGCCUGCCCCCGCCCCCGCGACUCGCGGGCGUCGCGGCUCCGACCUCUGCCGCCGAGGACAUCCGGCUGAGGCUCAGCGUCCUCUCCGAGGACGCCCGCAAAAGGCUGGCCAUACUCACCGAGGACAUCGAGGUUGCAAGGGGUCUGCGACAUGCAACUUUGAGAUCCUCCCAGGGCCCCGAAACGAGCCCGAAGGGGCCCAAGAGCGAUGCGGACGACGACACGGGUCCAGGAGGGGGCGCCGUUCCGAUCAAAGAGGAGGAACGCGGAAGAGCGUCCUUCGGGACGAGAAGGAAAGAGACGAGAAGGGACUCCGAGGACUCGAGACGCUCCGAGGACUCCUCAUUCGAGACUAAGAAAAUGAGACUCGACGAAGAAGCUACUCCGCGGCUCAGACUGAAUGCUAGUCUGGCGACAGAUCCCGCUCUCCGGCCCGCCACUGUCGCCGCCCUUACGGUCAAGCCCGAGAACUUAUCGCCGCCUAACCCGACACCUCCGCUUCCCGCUGGAUUGCAAAACGCGAUAGCCUCGGGUCGCCUGUUCGUCCUACCAACGGAGGGCAAGGAGACGAUCACGGUGGAGCCGUCCCGCCCAGCUCCGCUGAUCUGCCCUCCGUGCGGAAUCCGCUACAGUUCGGCAAGCACCCUGGAGGCGCACCGAACGUACUACUGUGCGCACCGGCCGCGCCUCGACGAGGAGAGCGUCAACGACGAGGACGAGGUCGGCGAAAAGCCCGGGGGCGGAAAGUUCGAGGCGCGCAAGGCUUAUGCCUGCCCUCACUGUUCCUACAGCGCCGACAAGAAGGUCUCGCUGAACCGACACAUGCGGAUGCACGCGGCAUCUCCGGUGCCGCCCCCGAUCCCGCCGUCGCCGAGUCCGCACGCGGGCGGGAAUGGAAACGCCGCUAACGGGGGUCUGAACGAGGAAGCGGAGCGGUACUGUCGCAACUGCGACAUCCGCUUCAGCUCCCUGAAGACGUAUCGAGCACACAAGACCCACUACUGCAGCACAAGGCACGUCGUCAAGGACGCCGCCGUCGCGGCCACGGCCGCCGCCCCUGCGGCCCCGGUGAAGACGUCGCCCCCGGCGAGUGCGAGCCCCGGGGAUUCGCCGCCUCCGCAAACUUGUCUAGCUCUGCCGACCACUCCCAUCUUGAUCGUGCCCUACUCGCUGUUUCGGGGGGCCAGCGUGCUCGCCGCGCCCACCCUGCCAGCCCCGGACACCCCCUGCUUCCUGCUGCCGAACGGCUCGCUGCAGCCCAUGACGCGGGGCUUGGCCACCGCCCCGGGGUCUGCACCCGAGCCCCCGACCGUCCUGAGGGCGGCGAACAAGCCCGCGACCCCGGCCCCCGUGGUCGCCGCCACCUCGCCCUCCGUCGCCACAGCUCCCCUGGACCUCAGCGUCCGCAGGUCGCCUCUUCGUCAGGACGAGAAAGAAAACAGGGUGUCUCCUGCUCCCUGUUCGCUGCCGCUCCCGCCCUCGGGAAGCCCGAGGUCCAGGGGUAGUGCCAGUCCUCGGGCUAGGUCCAUCCCAGCCUCGCAGACCAACGCCGUCCUACCCCCGCCACCUCCCACGGAACUCGCUCUCAGACUGGCGGAGCUGCCACCCCCCGCGGCCCCGGGAGUUCUCGUCAAGCAAGGAGUCUCCAGGUGCAAGGAGUGCAACAUCGUGUUCUGCAGACACGAGAACUUUGUGGCCCAUAAAAAGCACUAUUGUCAAGCGAGAGAGAGUACCGUCAGUAGUUCGCCACCUCCCGGAACACCGUCACCACCCUUAGUGCAGCUGAUUUGUGUGGCCUGUGGCAUCAAAUUCGCGUCCAUGGAUAAUUUGGUGACCCACCAGGCUUAUUAUUGUCUCAAGAGGCCAGAUCCUCAAGAACAUCAUUCCAGAUGUCCAAAAUGCAAGGCGAUUAUAGAGCCAGGUGGGACACACACGUGUACCAGCGGUCCAACCGGCGGAUGGAAAUGUCCAGUUUGCGGGGCGGUUAGUCCAACUGCAGGUGCAGCUCAACGACACAUGGAUGCUCAUCAGGGCGUUAAGGCAUUCAAGUGUAAGAUCUGUCAGUACAAAGGAAACACUCUACGAGGCAUGAGGACUCACAUCAGAAUGCACUUCGAGAAACGCGGUACCGACCUGCAGGAGGAGAAUUACAUCACCUGCGUUCUAAACGACGAUGUGACCGUUCCGACGCCGGAACCCGCUCCCGCGACGACCCCCGAGGAAAUCCCAGCGGAAGCUCAGGUCAAUGGCAAACCGGAAAUCAGGAAAAGCCCUCAACCCCCGGCACCUCCACCUGCGGUAGUCAACAAAGUGAAGCAGGAAAGGGAAGACACUCCUCCGCCGGAAGAAAGCGUCGACCCUACCAAAUCCGGGCCUAGGUAUUGCCGCUCCUGUGACAUCAGCUUCAACUAUCUCAGCACAUUCAUCGCUCACAAAAAGUUCUAUUGCUCCAGCCACGCUGGCGAGGCGAGCAACAACAAUAACAACAACAAUAGUGGACAUCCCACAACACCACCCAGCACCCGCCCGGAAGCUUCCGUGCUUUAGACUGACAUUCCGAAAGCUUCCGGUUUUCAGUAAGACAUGUCGAAUGCGAGGAUCUGCCGCUGCUCGGGGCAGGGUCACCUAAAUCCUAUUGUAUACAAUCUUUUAUUUCCCAUUGGUCGAUUUGAUAAGUCUUUCGCGAAACAGCGUCGAACAUGAUUAAGGGAUCAUUUACCAUUCAACGAUUUCACAUUUUAUUCCUUUUUAUAUCAAUAUUUUACUGAUUAAAAGUCAAUAUUUUCUUCUGUGAUGUCAGAUACUGCUUAAUAGAUUUUCGGGAAAUUUUCGAGAAGGAACAAAUAACUGGGCCCACAUGCAGCUUUGCUAAGCCCUUGGGGGCAGGGGGAAGUUGUGUCCCUGAAGUUGCUCCAAAGACAGUGAUUUGUUUCACAACCAACUAUAAAUUUAAUAGUUUCCCCUAGAGAUGUAUUUGAAUCAAUUUUAUUCACUUUUAUGACACUUGGUGGCUUUUUGAAUGUACGGAGUAUCUUUAAUAGCGCUUGCGUUUUACGUUAUCCAAUGAUUGAGAAAGACUUGUAAACAAGAACAAAUGUCGGAUAUAAAAAUUGUUGAAGGGUAUGUGAUCCGUUCACAAGAAAUAGUAAUUCAUGACCAUAGAGAGAGUAAACAAUUUGACGUUUUAAAAAUAUUAACAUGCCUGCGAUUUAAUGUAAGAAAUUUAAUAUCGUAAUACAUUGACUUUUAUUUUCUUUUAUCUCGAUUGUGCAAUAUUCUUCAUAGUUCCUUAAAGUUGUGGUGGCUUCUGGAAAUGACCCGAGUCCAUUGUCGCCAGUGUGCUGACGUUUCUUCACUGUUUAACCUGAUGAAGCGAACUGCAACGUUUGCGAAUUGUCGGUCUCCUGGCGAUAAUAGACGCGGUUCAUUCCCGGAAGCCACCACUAAUUUAAGGAAUAAUUCAGGCCGCGGAACCUUAAGGUGAUAUAAAAGGGGAAUUUUAUAUAUAUGUAUGAAAAUAUUUAUAGAACUUUUCUCCAAACUGGGUGACCGAAUUAUCUGUAAUUUUUACACGUGAUUAUGGAGGCCCUAGGGAAGAGCGCGAUGCUCGUGAAAUUUCAUCAAAAAAUAAAAAAUGACUUUUAUGGUUCUUUUCUGAGAUAAGUACAAAUUUUUCGUUGAAAAAUGCAAUUUCACGAGCAUCGCGUUUUUCCUUAGAUGAAGUUUCGAUUUUGAAGUGAUGAAGUUUCAAACGAUUCGGUUCACCCGAUUUGGAGAAAAGCUUUAUAAAUAUUUUAACUUUU